GUUAAAUCAGAAACAUCGAAUAAGUCUUUAAUGUAUUAUUGGCAAAAUAUUGUCAAUGAAAAAGGACAAGUCAGUCAAGAUUAUUACAAUUUUGCUUGCUCUAUAACUGAUGCAGAUGCUUCAUUACCAAAUGAACGUUUAGAGUCCAGUGAUUAUUCCCAUACGAUAAAUAAUGGAACAAUCAAUGGCAGAACUUUUAAUAAUGGUUUACCCAAGAAAACUGUCUCAAGGAUUAGCAAUCUAGAAAAGGAUUGGACAAACUCAAGAGAAAAUUCUGGAGAUCAAAAUGGUAUAUCUGUGAAUAUUGGACACCUACAGGUGGAACAAUUUGCAACCGGAAACUCUCAGGUCAUUAAACAACCGCAUAAAGCAUUGUCGAGAUGUGAACAAUGGAAUCGAAAUUACGAUGCCGUCAAAGAAAAUUAUAGAGCAAAACUAAUAUUGGAGGUGACUUCCCCUCCACUUUAUAGUGGUAGGGAUAAAUCUUUUGAAGAAUCAACCGAUGGAUUAACCGAAGCAUCGCCAGUAAUCACAGGAGUAGGAGCAGGAGCAGAGGUUGAUGACGAAGCAGGGAAACAUUCAACGAAAUAUAUGUGGAUAACACGGGAUGGACACAACAUCUCUGUCGACUUUCGUAAUUUUCAGUUAAAGUCAAUUGAAAAAUUAGAAGCCAAUCCGACUUUAUCAUACGCGAAAGAAAUUGAUUUGGUAUUAUGUCUAUCGUCAAUUAUGUAUUGCAAUGAACUUAAAUCAGAAUAUGUUGAAUGUUCCGAAAAGACAUGGAAUGAAGCUCGUCCAAGAUCAUUAAUUCCGAAGGAGUUACCAACAGUUGCUGACUUAGUAAUAAUCGAAUACAACAGACUUUUGAAUGACAAUACAAAGUGGCGUGGCAAUUGGUCAAAAGGAAAUACGGCUGAUGGUGAAUCCGAAAGUUCUAAAGAGAGACGUUUAUUGGAUGGUCAUAACCAUGGCAGAAAACCAGACUUCCGGAUCCUCUCAAAGAUUGAUGACACUGAAAGAGAGUUCAUAUUCAGUGAGAUAAAGCCACCGCAUUGCCCUAAUACUAUAAAUACGAGUAUCAUUAAUUAG